AGACACCACUACCCUCACCAUGAGCCCCUGGCAGCCCCUGGUCCUGGUGCUCCUGGCGCUGGGCUGCAGUUCAGCAGCUCCCAGACGGCGUCAGCCCACAGUUGUGGUCUUCCCAGGAGACCUGAGAACCAACCUCACGGAUUGGCAGCUGGCAGAGGAGUAUCUGUACCGCUACGGCUACACGCGUGUGGCUGAGAUGCGCAGGGACAAGCCGUCCCUGGGUCAGACGCUGCAGCUUCUCCAGAAGCGCUUGAGCCUGCCCGAGACGGGCGAGCUGGACAGCGCCACCCUGGCGGCCAUGCGAGCCCCCCGCUGCGGCGUUCCCGACGUGGGCAGGUUCCAGACCUUCGAGGGCGACCUCAAGUGGCACCACCACAACAUCACGUACUGGGUCCAGAACUACUCGGAGGACCUGCCGCGCGACGUGACCGACGACGCCUUCGCCCGCGCCUUCGCGCUCUGGAGCGCCGUGACGCCGCUCACCUUCACGCGCGUGCACGGCCCGCACGCCGACAUCGUCAUCCAGUUUGGAGUGCGGGAGCAUGGAGACGGCUAUCCCUUCGACGGGAAGGACGGGCUCCUGGCGCACGCCUUUCCUCCGGGCCAAGGCAUUCAGGGAGACGCGCACUUCGACGACGAAGAGCUGUGGACCCUGGGCAGGGGCGUGGUGGUUGCAACCCACUUCGGAAACGCAAACGGCGCCCCCUGCCACUUCCCCUUCACCUUCGAGGGCCGCUCCUACUCCUCCUGCACCACGGACGGCCGCUCGGACGGCAUGGCCUGGUGCGGCACCACGGCCAGCUUCGACGCCGACCGCCAGUUCGGCUUCUGCCCCAGCGAGAGACUCUACACCCAGGACGGCAACGCGGACGGCAAGCCUUGUGUGUUUCCAUUCACCUUCGAGGGCCGCUCCUACUCUGCCUGCACCACGGAUGGUCGCUCCGACGGCUACCGCUGGUGCGCCACCACGGCCAGCUACGACCAGGACAAGCUGUUCGGUUUCUGCCCCACUCGAGUUGACUCCACAGUGACCGGGGGCAACUCAGCAGGGGAACAGUGUGUCUUUCCCUUCACCUUCCUGGGCAAGGAGUAUUCCACCUGCACCAGAGAGGGCCGCAGCGACGGGCAUCUCUGGUGUGCCACCACCUCAAACUUCGACAUUGACAAGAAGUGGGGCUUCUGUCCGGACAAAGGGUACAGCCUGUUCCUUGUGGCUGCGCAUGAGUUUGGCCACGCUCUGGGUUUGGAUCACUCUUCGGUGCCAGCAGCGCUCAUGUACCCCAUGUACAGCUUCACCGAGCAGCCCCCUCUGCAUGAGGACGACAUCAAGGGCAUCCAGCAUCUCUAUGGCGCUCGCCCUGAACCUGAGCCUCGGCCUCCAGCCACCACCGCCUCUGUACCUCAGCCCACCGCACCUCCCACGGUCUGCCCCACCGCCCCUCCCACCGCCCGCCCCUCCGAGCGCCCCACGACAGGCCCCACAGGCCCCCCUGCAGCUGGCCCCACGGGCCCCCCCACUGCAGGGCCUUCUGCGGCCCCUACAGCGUCUUUGGAUCCAGAGGACAAUGUCUGCAACGUGGACAUCUUCGACGCCAUCGCGGAGAUUGGGAAUCGCCUGCAUGUCUUUAAGGAUGGGAGGUACUGGCGACUCCCUGAGGGCAGCGGACGCCAGGUGCAGGGCCCCUUCCUUAUCAGAAGCACAUGGCCUGCGCUCCCUGCCAAGCUGGACUCGGCUUUCGAGGAUCCGCUCACCAGGAGGAUUUACUUCUUCUCUGGACGCCAAGUGUGGACGUACACGGGCGCGUCGGUGCUGGGUCCGAGGCGUCUGGACAAGCUGGGCCUGGGCCCGCAGGUGGCGGGGGUGACCGGGGCCCUCCCGCGCGGGGGGAGCAAGGUGCUGCUGUUCAGCGGGCAGAGCUUCUGGAGGUUCGACGUGAAGUCGCAGCUGGUGGAUUCCAGCAAAGGCACCCCGGUGGACCGUAUGUUCCCAGGGGUGCCCCUGCACACGCAUGACGUCUUCCAGUACCGAGAGAAAGCUUACUUCUGCCAGGACCGCUUCUUCUGGCGUGUGAGUUCCCGACAGGAGGUGAACCAGGUGGACAAAGUGGGAUACGUGUCCUUCGACAUCCUGCACUGCCCCGAGGAAUAGGGCUGCCCAUCCUGUUUCGGCACUGCGGUGUGGGUCCCCUGGGAACCACCCUAGUGGGGAAGGAGCCAGUUUGCUGGAUCCGAACUGGUGGGUCUGUUCUGGGGCGAGGAGGAGGGGAGGUGGGCUGGGCCCUCUGUUCCCACCUUCCUUUUUUGUUGGAAUGUUUUUAAUAAACACUGGAUUCUUUAGC